GAACUAGUAGGACUAGUGUACGGCGCGCGCGCCGAGCAAGGAAAAGGAUGCGAGGCGAGGCGAAUUCCAGAAAGAUAGCGUGAUAAAUAGCUGAUGAGAGCAACGCCCAUAGUUCCGUUCCAUACCAUUCACCCAUCCACCACCAAGCUAUAGCUAGCUACUCCAGCACCAAGACACUGACUGCUGCUACCUGCUGCUUCGCCUCGCGCGGUAAGCUUUCGCGGCGUCUUUGAUUACGGCGCCCAAGAUAGUAGGGCUGGCAGAGUGGUGGCCGGCCGGCGCGGCGGCCGGGGAGAUGGGGAGCAUGGACGGGAACUCGCUGCACGGCGGCUACGGCGCCCACGUCGGCGCGGGCCCCGCCGGCAGCAACAACAACGAGGACGACGACGCCUCGCCGCCGCCCUCGGCCGGCGGCGGUGGCGGGGGCGGAUCCUCGGGGGGCUCGGGGCGCCGGCCGCGCGGCAGGCCGCCGGGGUCCAAGAACAAGCCCAAGCCGCCGGUCGUGGUCACGCGGGAGAGCCCCAACGCGAUGCGCUCCCACGUGCUGGAGAUCGCCAGCGGGGCCGACAUCGUCGACGCCAUCGCGGCCUUCUCCCGCCGCAGGCAGCGCGGGGUCUCCGUCCUCAGCGGCAGCGGCGCCGUCACCAACGUCACGCUGCGGCAGCCCGCGGGGACCGGCGCCGCCGCGGUCGCCCUCAGGGGCCGGUUCGAGAUACUGUCCCUCUCCGGCGCCUUCCUCCCGGCACCCGCACCGCCGGGGGCCACGGGGCUGGCCGUGUACCUCGCGGGAGGGCAGGGGCAGGUGGUGGGCGGGAGCGUCAUGGGGGAGCUGAUCGCGUCCGGCCCCGUCAUGGUCAUCGCGGCAACGUUCGGGAACGCCACCUACGAGAGGCUGCCGCUGGACCAGGACGCCGAGGAGGGCGCCGUGCUGUCCGGCUCCGAGGGCGCCGCCGCGCAGCUGGAGCAGCAGGGCAGCGGAGGCGCCGCCGUGCCCCCCUCGAUGUACCCCGUGCCGCAGACGCCGCCGCACGACAUGUUCGGCCAGUGGGGGCAGGCGCCGGUUGCGCGGCCACCGCCGCCCACCUCCUUCUAGACCUGCACCGGUCGGUCGGCUGAUCCCUGGCGCGCGCGCGUGAUUCCUCUACCUAGCUAGCCUAGCUUUCUGCUUCUUCGAUCCCUAGUUGUUUACCUAGCCUUGUUUAUCUCUUGUUAAUUAAUGUGCUAUGUCAUGCAUGACUACUUGUAGUACUAGCAUGAUCCUUUUUCCUUUUUUUGUUCCUCUUUGGUGUUUGGAGCUUGGGAAUGUACAAUUCCUACACGUAUAAGACCCAACGAACAAUUGUUGAUCGUCAAUUAGCAGCUUCCUAAUUUCCCAUGAUCAA